AUGAAGCAAACCCCAAGCAUUGCUGAGUCCGCUCUUUCACUGACAAAGUCAGAGCUAGUGUCCUCAACGCACAGGGCUCUUCCGGUGUUUAAAUUAACUGAGAAACACACAUCUCCUCCAGCGAUUGCUCUGUUUCAGGCCAAAAAUGCUCAAGGGAAGCUUUUCGGGUGCACUGGAGCUAGUAUGAAAGAAAGUGAUGAGCCAUGUUUUGUUUAUACCGUCUUUCUAAGUGGUUUUUCCAAGCCUGUAAUUGCAGAUACAGUACGAACCAUUGAAGCACUUGCACGCUUGGAUGGUUACAAUUUUCUAAAGAUAUAUGGAAUACACAGAGAUGAGGAGACCAAUUCUCUGUUAAUUACGACCGAGUGUCCCCCGACAAUCACACUCCAAGCCAUCCUUCAAGAUGGCGUGAUAACGAGACGAGCAAUGACUGAGCAGGAGUUGCUUCCAUUGUAUUUGCAAUACCUACAUAUUGCCGAGUACCUUUCAGAGCAAAAGUCUCUUCCUUCAGCGUUAAUGCCAUAUCUAAUAGACCCAAAAGUGACUUUGUUCAAGACUCGCGAGCUUAUCAAAAUACACACCGUCGAAGCAUACCUAGCGUACCUGUCUUCGACUCUCGAAUGCCUCGCAGAUAGUACCGGUUUUUCUGAACUAACUCCCGUUUUUAAUGAACUAUCUUUAAGCAGAGGUCCCUCCAUAGGACCUGGGCUUCGUGCAACAUCAACUAUCUACGGAGGAAAUUCUUCUGCUCGGUCGGACUCCGUCAACUCACUAUUGACCACAAGCUCCCUGAAUCGCACUAACCUAUCUUUAUCUACCACAAACCUUGCAGGGUCAUAUUGCUCGCUUGGGUCUUUGGUUUCUUCGCACCGCUCACUUUCUAGGGCAGCGUCUACUGUGUCUAACAAUAAAGCUGUUCAGGCACGAAAGGCUGCAGAAGAGGCUCUUCUCCAACUUAUCAAUCAGCUUAUGAUUAUGAUUAUUGUCGUGCCCCAGCUUCCCUUCCAGCUGUCUUGCGAGAAGAAUCCAGAUAUUGCGCUCAGCAUUAUCCGUGGAUCUCUUUCGAGCAACUUUCGUCAAGUUUUAAGGCCUCAACAGAUUCUGGAGGAGAUUGCUGGAAGAACAGUCACCAGCAGCUUAUUAUCAUGUUCUUCAAUUGACACAGAUUGUUGCGAGAAAGUUGGCUAUGCGGGUACACUAAUUCUUAAUAGCUUGAAUUCUACCGUAUGUGUGGCAGUUCAACCAUGCGGUAUUGUCGUUGAAGGGUCAAGAAGCACUACUUAUAGCGAGGAUAGUGAGGACAGCGAAGAUAGCACAAAGAAGAAAUGGCCCACGAUAAAUGAGGCUGUUCUAAAAUAUUUCCCCGACAGAUUUCCAUGGAUUUCCACAAUGCUCGUCAUGGAGCCUCUCCGAACUGUUGAAAACUUUCUUCGAACUACGUUUUAUCCUGAUGGUAUGGGAGUCACCUCGCUAAUGAAAGCAGCCAUAAGUAACGAUGUUCUGCUAGCUCAAGACUACAUUUACCAAUCAGGUAUACGCGAUUCUGCAGGAAAUAGUGCUCUAAUGUAUUGUGCCCGAACUGGCGCGGCUGAUGUGGCGAAGCUUCUACUAAAGUCGGAGGCUGGCCUACGGAAUAAAAAGAAAGAAACGGCGUUGCUAAUAGCUGUAGAGCAUUCUAACCUAGAGAUAGUGCGUUUGCUUGCAAGUUUAGAGCUAGGCUUGCGGGAAUUAGGAAGCCGAAGCCCCCUCAUGAUCGCGCUUCAAAAUCAGAACAUCGACAUUUUGCGGAUUUUGCUCAGCGCAAGCCACGCGCAAGGAAUUGUAGCGCAGCUCACAACAAAUGAGGCAACAAACACAACGUAUCUUAUGCGUGCCGUAGAAAUGGGGGAUAUCGAGCUAAUACGGACGCUGAUUCCUUACAUGGCUAAGAAGAUGAAUAAUAAUGGGAUGACGGCUCUUAUGUUGGCUUGUGAAAGAGGGCGCACAGAAGAGGGACUCGAGCUAGUCAGUGUUGAAGCAGGAAUCAGAGGACCUGAUGGGAUGACAGCUUUAAUGUACGCAUCUAUGAAUAACAAUAAGACGUUGGUGAAGGCUCUUGCCGAGAUGGAGGCAGGCAUGGAAACAGAUUCUGAAGAGUUUGCGUUGCAUUUAGCAUUUACUUCCAGAGCUGAAGACUCUAUCAGUGUUCUACUGAGCUAUGAAAAGGACCUUUUAAAGAAGUGCAAGUUCACACCUUUGAUGAAGGCAGUUGCCUGUUAUAACAUCAAUUCUUUCAAAGUGAUGCAAAAGAGUUUUGCGGGGAAAACAGACUCGUUUGGUUACACCGCUCUUAUGUUUGCGUGUAUCUUCAAUCGCAAAGAUGCUGUGGAAGCUCUAUUGCCCGAGGAAGGAGAUCUCGUGCUAGCCAACGGAACCACCCCAUUUAUUCUUGCACUACGGCAUGGAAGCACAGACGCAAUCAAUACAAUCAUUAACUAUUACGAGGAGAUUCUACCUAAGCAGGACAUUCACUCUAACAGUGCAUCUAUGAAGGGCGUUCUAGCAAGCUUCAUUAGCAAUAAUAGUUUGACUGAUCCGUCCAGUAGUUCACACACAAUGACAAGCCCACAGAUUCCUGGUAAGAAUUCCCCUAUUCGUGAAUCUUCACAGUCAUUAGCCGGUACGCCAUUUUCAUUGUCUAGAUCAACCCCGACUCUUCCUGGAGCUAAAUGCACCCUUGAUUCGGAGACUCUUCAGUCGCCUGGAUCGGUGAACAAGGGCGAUGUCAAGAGAGCCACAGCACAAUAUCUACUCAGCCCCAAUAUAAUGAAAAUUUGGAACACGGCUAUCUCUGCUCCUGGACCGGACGCAUUAUUUCAAGCGGUGGCUAAUAACGACAUUGAUGCUGUUUUUUCGUUAAGGAAAACACACGCCAAACGCCGUGACGAUAAGGGGUGCACAGCACUUAUGCUUGCGCUCCGCAAAAGCUACUACGACAUUGCAAUGAUCCUGGCACGGCAUGAACACGGAGUCCAGGAUUCUCUCCAGAAGACCGCUCUUAUGUACUGCAUUGACCGCCAGUCACUGCGUCUCAUUGAUGUCCUCGGACCUUAUGAGAAGGGCCUUGCCGACUUCAAAGGAAAGACUGCCCUCUAUCAUGCAUAUGAGAACAAGAACCUAAAUGUUAUGGAAAGGCUCUGUAAGUACGAAGCUGACCUACCAAUACCUAUUCUCGAGGGAUCUGCAACAGGUAGAACCCUCUUGAUGUUGGCUGCACGGGAAGGAGACUGUGCGAGAUUAAAGAUUCUGAUACCGUACCAGGCCGGAAGACGCGAUAGUAUGAGCUGGUGCGCUUCACGCUACGCCAUAGAGAUGGGUCGAGUUGCGUGCUUGAAGCUGCUUAUCACACAUGAAAAGUGCCUGUUGGAGGAAGAUGGUUUUACGCAGCUGAUGAUAGCCGUAGCAAUGCGCUCUGCAGAGCCACUGGUGCAAUACAAGGAUAGCAUUCGCCGGCGUACAAAAGAUGGACACACAGCCCUGAUGAUCGCUGUGUAUAGCAAUAACAUCCCAGCAAUCAAGCACUUGAUCGCCAGUGAGAAGGGGAUGCGGAGACCGGACGGUCGAACUGCGCUCAUGAUUGCUGCGGAGAAGGAUAAUGCAGAAGCAUGCCGGCUCCUGGCGCCUCAUGAGUCAGGGAUACGCAUAUCCAGCAAUAUACACCUGAGCAACAAACAAGAGAUCGGAAAGCCAGUAGCGCUGAUGCUGGCAAUCGUCGCGAAAAGCGUACGAUGCCUGAAGUGGCUGGGCGAGUAUGAAAAAAAGAUGACAGAAACCAAGCAGCAGAUGACGUCUCUCAUGAUUGCAGCGCAGGUGGGGCACGUCGAGGCAGUUCAAGUUUUGCGAAGCGCCGAAGCGGGCGAGCAGGACUCUUUAGGCUGGACAGCGCUAAUGCACGCUGCGGCGUGGGAUCAUCCAAACAUAGUCAAGUAUCUCGUCCCCUACGAGCUAGACCUGGUUGAUGAGAAUGACCAAUCGGCUCUCGAUCUUGCAGUGAAGUACGGACAACUGUCGUGCAUAAGGAUCCUAGCUCCAGCUUGUGCCCCACAGUUCGGAGAGACAGCACUACAGAAGCUAGCCGCAGGCUCUACGGCGCCGGCGGCUCUCCGACCUGAAAUCCAAUCUGAGAUAUGUCGCUAUCUUGACCUUGGUAGAGUUAAGUAG